AUUAACUUAAUAGAAAAGAGGCCGUAAUGAAAUUAUUUACUGUAUAGCCAACAAAAAAUAGACGCUAAUUUUUCCUUUCACUAAAGGCAGAAAGAAGAUAAACCUUCUGCCUUUUUUUCAAUAGUUAACCUUAAAAAAGUUUAAAAGCCAAUCCACGUGAAAUAAAUAUAUGUAAUUAAAAAUUACUGAAGAAUGGAAAUUGACGCAAAAUCAGCACCAAAUGUAAAUUUUAUACCUUGCGUCAAAUGGGUAAAGAAAGGUAUUGCAAAUACAAAUCCAGUAAAGCUACAGCUGUCAAAAAAUGAAUUAGUUCAGAUAAUAAAUGAAACUAGAGAAAAACUUCAAGAAACGGAAAUUAAUGAUGAUCCUAUGGAUGAAGAAACACCACAGCAAGAUGAAUUUGAUUUAGAGAAAUAUGAUGAAGAUGAUAGUGAAACCACUGCAAAUGCUUUGGGUAUAGGAUCUUUGGCAGAAUUAAACAAUGACACAGAAGAUCAUUUUUUCAGAAUCUGAUGAUUCAGAUAAAGAAGACGAUGCGAUCAAACCAACUGAUAAUUUGAUUUUAGUAGGACAUGUUGAAGGUGAUGCAAGUAUUCUAGAAGUUUAUGUUUAUAAUGAAGAAGAAGAAUCAUUAUAUGUACAUCAUGAUAUUUUUUUACCAUCCUUUCCAUUGUGUGUAGAACACUUAAAUUAUGAACCGAAGAUGCCCAAGGGGAAUUAUUGUGCUGUAGGGUCAAUGACUCCUGUAAUAGAAGUUUGGGAUCUAGAUAUUAUGAAUGUUAUUGAACCUAGCUUUACUUUGGGAAGACCAGGCAGUAAAAAGAAGAAGAAAGAACACAUAGGUCAUACUGAUGCAGUCUUAGCUCUUGCUUGGAAUAAAAUCUAUGAUCAUGUAAUAGCAAGUGGUUCUGUUGACCAGACUGUUCUACUUUGGGACAUGGAAAUAAAAAGACCCAACACAACAAUAAAAUCAUUUACAGACAAAGUUCAAUGCUUAGAAUGGCAUCCUUUAGAAGCCCAAACUUUACUAGCAGGAGGCUGUGAUAGCUCUACAAGAGUAUUUGAUUGUAGAGCACCAGAAACUCACCAGACUUGGCUUUUAGAUGGAGAAGCAGAACGUAUUUGUUGGAACCCAUUGGAACCUUUCACUUUUCUAGCUGGUACUAGUAAAGGUGUAGUACAAUGUUUUGAUUGCCGUAAAGGACAAUUAUGGGCUAUCUCAGCACACAGUAAAGAAGUCACAGGCUUGAGUGUUAGUAAACAAUGUCAAGGACUUUUAAUAACAUCUUCUACUGAUGAAACUGUUAAGAUAUGGGAUUUCAAUUUAGAAUCGGAACCUAAGCUUGUAAGCGAAAAGGAAUUUAAUAUUGGAAAUGUUCAUUGUUUAGAUUUAUGUCCGGAUUUGCCCUUUGUCAUUACUGCUGGGGGUGAUAAAAAGUCCCAUAAUUUUACUGUAUUUGAUAUUCAGAAUAUUGAUGUUGUUAAGCAUACUUUUACACCCAGGGGCUUAAUACAGUUAGUACCCGAUACAAAUGAAAGUAAUUCUACUUAAGUUAUUAAAGAAAUUCUAAAUAUACCUGUUUUUUUUUUACCCACCUUCAACAAUAUUAAAAUCAGCAU